AACAACUGAGACACUUCUGCUCUGUGUCUGAUGCCCAUCAGAUAGUGUGUUUUUAAAAAGGAUUUGAUUCGUUACAGCGGGUUUAAGAGGAGCUUCAUCCAGGGCGAUGGAGGACAGAUGGAGUCAGAUGGAAAGACAUCAUCUGAUGAGCAGGAGAGAAGAAGGAACUUUUUAGUUUGAAGCAUGAACAAUUUAGGAGCGAAGAGGAAACCGAUCAUCAAAAGAAGGCAACAGGAACCAGGACAAGGCUGGGGCAUUUAGAGGAAAAGGAGAUCUGCUUCUCUGCUGGUUCGACCGGCUCCUAUUCCUGAAUGGAUCAUCCUCGACCCGACCACUGACCUUUGACCUCCAAGUGACUUUUUGGGGAACUGACGCAACCAAAACCUUGCCGCUUGUUAAGCAAAGAGCCUCUCGCCUAACAGGAGAAUGUUCUGGAAACUGGCCUUACCUGCCAUCCUGGCCUGCACACUCUGUGCAUCCAUGGAAAACAAGAGGCAGCGCCCAAGAGGCUCCAUCCCGUCCCCUUACAAGCUCAAAGGCAACGAGCUGUUGUCUUCGUCUUCCAUCACACUUUCAUCCCUGUCUCAGCAACCUCCAUCAAAGCGGCACAAAGGCAAACAGGAAGUGCUCCUGUCGAGUCGCGAGGCGCUGGUGGUGACUGAGCGGAAGUACCUGAAGAGUGACUGGUGUAAAACACAGCCGCUGAGGCAGACUGUUAGCCAGGAGGGAUGCGUGAGCCAAACCAUCAUCAACCACUUCUGCUACGGCCAGUGCAAUUCAUUUUACAUCCCGCGGCAUCUGGCCCCCGAGAAAGGACGCCAUGGUCGGAAACGGGCUCCGAAGCCCAACCACGGUGCUUCCUUCCAGUCCUGCGCUUUUUGCAAACCUCACCGGAUCUCCACAUUCACUGUACGGCUUCACUGUCCCAGGUUACAGCCACCGUACCGGCAUCUAAAGGUCCAGCGAAUUAAGGAAUGCAGGUGCAUGUCGGUUAGCGUCAAUGACUCUCACUGACCGAGAAGGAUAGUCGGAAAACAGUUCUCAAUACAACAAACUGAGCCUGUUUUUAUUGACAUCUACGUAGAUGGAUAUAAUUCAGACAAUUCAAUUUACUUUUUUAAUUCCUAGACAUGCUCUAUCUUGGAAACCAAAUUUUUUUUAUUAUAACACGUUGGUGAUGUGAACAACUCUUCUCAAAGGGAACAUGGUAUAAAGCCUAUGGACUCAUGAACUUUGGAGUAUGAAGUUCACAAGAAAUGAGAUGAGAUUUGACUCAAUGACGGUUUAAAUUAACAAUAUAAUUAUUUUGCAAUAAAUACUGGAAAUAUUGUGCUGCCAAACCUCCAUCUUGGAUCACUUUAUUCCAACAGAAGACUGGUCAAACCAAAUUCAUGUCAUGGCAAAGUCUGUACUUUGGUGACAUAAAACAAAAGAACAUUGUAAUAAACAUGCGGAUUUCAGGAUACGGGAUUCAUCCUGAUGGACAUGCUGCAGCUGUGAAACCAAAAAUAGUGGGAUGAGAUUCUGUUUAUUGUACCACUACCCGGCACCUUGGACUAAUUUUGGGGCCAACGUGUAUAUUGUACACCGAUAUGAUUGAUCAGACAGUUUUUUUUAAAUAUAAAAAUAAAAAAUGACAAUUGCUGGAAAAAUAGCAAUACUUGUACACAUAUACAUAUAUUGGAAUUUAUUACAGUUUUUUUUUAUUUACAAAAUACAGAUAUAUUCAAAAACUUUAUAUAAACACAUCUGUCAUUGUAUAUUGUACAGAAAACUGUAUGUUUCAGUAAAAACUAAUCUGAAAUUA